CUUUGACACAUAUGCGCUGCAUUUCUUAGUUUUCAUUCAAUCUGUGCAGUUGGUACGUAAUUACUGCUCUUCUAUUUAAAUACAAAACAAAAAAUAAAAUUAAUAAUACUUUAAUAAGUAUUUAAUUUUAUAAUAAGUACCAAUUGAAAAUGGAAAAUUAACCAUAAUCUAAAAAAAUAUAGAAAAAUAAAUAAAUUUAAUAAUAUAAAAAACAAGAAAAACAAUAUGAAUCGCUAUUUGCUGCAUAUUCUGAUUGUAACUAUAUUGUGUUACAAAGUUUUAUCUGUUCCAGUUACCCCAACGGAAAUUCCGCAGGAUGAUGAAGACGAUGAUUGGGAUGAUGAUGAUGAAUCAUCUGAAGCUGAUGAUGACGGCCGCGUUUACAAAAAUCCGCGUAAUUCACCAUCGUCCGAUUGUCCACGGGAUGAAGAGCAGGCUACUUUACUUGGACAGAAAUGUUUAAGGAAAUGCUCAUCCGAUGAAGAUUGUAAAAGCAAGAAAAAGAAAUGCUUAUGCGAUGGAGUAUGUGGCAUGUCAUGCAUUAAACCAGACAGAGAAUGUCCAGAACUUGCUCAGCCAACAUUGGGUCAAGUUACAGUUGGAGGUAAACAUUUUGGUGCCCGGGCGUCUUAUUCCUGUCCCCAUGGUUAUCAUGUGGUGGGACUUCAAAGCCGUCUAUGUCAAGCAGAUGGUAACUGGGCGGGUGCGGAGCCAGCCUGCAAACAAAAUAUAUAUUGUUUGAAACCACCACAAAUUGAACAUGCCCGCAAUUCGGCACUCCCUGAACAGGAGACAUUUGAUCUUGAUUCAACCGUACAAUACCAUUGUCACACUGGCUACGUAACAAAUGGUUUUCCACGUGCCAAAUGUCUAGCAAUUGAUGGUCAGGCGAGUUGGUAUGGUCCCGAUAUACAAUGCGAACCUCGUUCUUGUGGCCAGCCUCCCGACCCGGCUAACGGUUGGCAUUCGGGAGAAUGUUAUACCUAUGGUUGUAAAAUCACGUACAAUUGUGGCACUGGAUAUGAGUUAGUUGGAAAACAUGAACGUACAUGUCAAUCGGAUGGAUCCUGGACCCCAAAGGAACUGCCAACAUGUGUCUUGGUAACAUCUGUUGUUUGCCCAACUCCAGAGAAUCCUAAAAAUGGUAAAGCCACUUAUACUACUUUAGCGUAUAAUUCUGUUGUGAGCUACGAAUGUCGGUAUGGAUACACAUUAAUGGGAGAAAGUUCUAGCCGAUGUGGUGCUGAUAGAAAAUGGAGUGGAACGUUACCAAUUUGUAAGGAAAUUAAUUGUGGGCAUCCUGGAAAUUUAUAUAACGGUUGGAUAGAAAACAUAGACGCCGGUACGGGAUUGGGGGCAAGCAUUAUAUUCCGAUGUCAACCAGAUAUGCUAAUGCAUGGACAUGCAUCAAGUGUUUGCCAAAUAGACGGUAGAUGGCGUAAUUCUCUUCCAGAGUGCUUGGCACCGUGUGUUGUACCGGCCAUAUCUCAAGGAUAUGUUGUACCAAUAGAAAUCAUAACUGAUGAAAAUGGAACUACCAUUAUAACGCCAACAACAACAACUCAAUCAACUUUAUUACAAUCGGCAAAUGUAGAGAAAGUUAAACAUGGUACUGCUCUUGAUGUAAAAUGCGAUGAAAAUUAUGAAUUCCCAGUUUCACUACUGAGUCCACCAACAUGCCAUAAUGGAACAUGGAGUAUCAUACCUCGAUGUGUACCGGCAAGGUGUAAAAGUAUGCCUAAACCUCCCAAACAUGGUAUGGUAUUGGCACCGAAAACAGAGCAUGGAAUGAAGGCCAGAUUUAAGUGCAAGGAUGGUUUCAAAUUAGUUAAUCCGGAAGGAAAAGAUGUUACAGAUCCCAAUGAUUAUGUGUUAACAUGUUCAUUUGGGAAUUGGACUGGAGAGACGCCACAUUGCUUGGAGGUAUUUUGUUCUUUUCCUGGUUAUAUACCAAAUGGCAAAGUUUUACUUGUUGGAAAUAUGGGUUUGUAUGAUUACAGACCAUAUGUCAAAAAGAUUGUAAAUAAUAAACAAAUUAUGUACGACUGUGACAAAGGAUACGUACUAGAUAUUGGACCACCUGGGGCUACUUGUGUUGGUGGCAAGUGGCGACCUUUAGAAUUACCUCAAUGUUUAUUGGGCCAACACCCACGUCUUCGUUGGAAUCGUCGUCGUCGAUCCAUUGAAAUGAGAUAUCUUAGGUCAUCGUACCUCAUGAAACAUAAACGAAAUCUGGAACGUAAUCUUAGGAAUGAAAUAUUUAAACAUUUUCCAAAUUGGAGCAAUGUGUUAAAUGAUGACGACAAUAAAAAUAAAAAGAUACAUCGAUCAAAGCGAAGUCCUACUGAUAUUGAAGAAGCUUACUCGAAAUACUAUGAGCGUAUAAAACAAAAGUAUCAUGACUUUGUAAAAUAUCUUCUCGGAUAUAACAAUGGAUUGUAUAAUUCAAUGGACCUUCGUAAUCCUGCGAAAAAGUUGAGAGUACAUAAUGGUCGUUGGUAUUAUAUUACGAAUGAAACUGAACCAAACCCCAAAUAUAAAGUCUUACAUAAAUCAAGAGCUAUAAUUAACGACUUUAACCUUAAUGAAUAUGAUGAACUUGAAAAUAAAGCGCACAGAACAAUAGGAAAAAUACCGUUACCAAAUAUGUAUGAUAAUUCCCAAUACACCUCGCUAAGAAGAACUAAUGAGCCGAUGCUCAUGAAAAGCAACUCGUACAAUUAUGUAAUAGAUACACCAUCUCGUAAUUUUAAGUCUUCCAACGAUUCAGACUUUAUCGAACAACUAAAAGCCCAAAUUAUACGUAAAAGAAAAAAACGAAGUUCCAGUUAUCCAACUGAUACUGACACAGAGCCAUCAGAACAGUAUGACAAUAAGGAGGGUCGCAAAAGAUUACGUGGCCCAUGUGAGGAUUUGGUCUGGGAUUCAUUUGCCAAUGUUACAGUAGUAAGGCCUGGAAAAGUUCCUGGCAGAAAUAGUGUUGGUAUUAUUUUAAGUUUAGAAUGUAAUGCUGGAUUCAAGUUGAAUAUAAAGGGAGAAAAUGCAACCGCACGCUGUAUUCGUGGCAUUUGGAAGCCAGAAACACCAAAGUGCAUAUCAGCGCCAUGUUUGGUACCAUCUGUGGAGAAUGGAAAGUAUUAUAAAGUUGAACCGCAUACAACGGAGCUUUCUGAUAAACCUUCUCUAACACCCCUCUCAACCUAUGAAGAAAUUCAAUCAAAUGAAUUCAUAACAUUGGAAUGUGAAGAUGGAUUUAAAAUAGAGGGUUCUGCUCAGUUAAGAUGUGCACAUGGCAGUUGGUCUGUUAAAGCUUUUUCAGAAUGUGUUUCAGUGGCAUGUACAUUACCCAAUAUAACUGGACUUAUUUACGAGGGAGGCUAUAGGGCUGGUCUUACAAUUGGUCAUGGAAGUUCAGUAUAUGUACGUUGUAAUCAUUCUUCCAGUACACUUCCAAUUGAAAUGACUUGCAGUAAAGGGGUUAUAAGUCCACAAAAUAUACACUGCGAAAGCGGAAUGCGAAAGUCUCGCGAGGAAAUUAUAACAGACUCAAUGGCUGCCGAAUCAAAAGAAAAUGAGGAUAACAGUAUCGAUUUAUCACAUACACUAGACACUUCGGAUAUGGAAGAAGAAUCGAACUCUACAGAUGAUCACAACGAUGAGUCCAAAAUGUGUGGACCACCCACUAUUAAUGAAGGUGCUCUUAUUUAUGUAAAUGAUAAGAACAAUAUGAAGAUAGAGAGAAUUUACGAGAGUGGCACAGAAAUUUACUUUAAUUGUAUACCUAGCGCAUCAGGAGAACGUAAUACAUGGAAAAUCAUAUGUGAAAAUGGACAAUGGAUCGGAAGAUCAUAUAAUUGUGCAAAUGGAACAUGUCUUUUUCGAAAUAAUGAACCUAAUGUUGUAAGCUUCUAUAAUGAUUUGGAAAUACGAGAAGAUGUUGUCGAAUUUCCACCUGGUGCAACUAUUACCUCAAGAUGUACUGAUAUUGGAAAGUUUGAGCUAAUUGGUAGUAUUGAACGUACUUGCAUACAUUCUGAAUGGACAGGAACAAAACCUCAAUGUUUUGGAUUAAAUCAAGAAAACGAUUAUGCCAUGGAAAAGGCGCCUACAAUAUUAUUUCGACGUCAAAAUGGACCAAUCGCACAAAGUAAUGACGGAAAAUUAAUAGUGUAUCCAGGCACAACCUUACAUAUGGAAUGUUUAUGGAUGCGACGAUUUGGGAAUCCAAAAUGGUCUGUAAGCCAUGAUUACAAAAAUUAUUCCGAAGGAUGGGUUACGGAAGAAGGUCGAGAUGCUACGCUAGAAUAUCGCCUUACUAUAUCUGACGCUCAGACUGAUGACUCUGGAACUUAUUCUUGUGAAACUCCUGCUAGGCAUAAACAUUCAGUUGAAGUGGUGGUUAAAAGUAUCAAUUGUCCUGAAAUACCAACAAGGCGGGGUUUAAUCGUAAACACAAACGAAACAAAACUCAGCACAAGAGUAUUGAUGUCAUGCUCAAAUGGCAAUUCAUUAAUCGGCGCAUCUGAACUAUUUUGUCUUCCUAGUGGAAAUUGGAGUGCACCAUUACCCGUCUGUGAAAGUGUCGAGUGUGGAGAUAUACCAUUACCAAACAACAUUAGCUCCCCAAGAGUUUCUGUCCUUUCGCGAGAAGUUGGUGGUCGUGCAGCCUUUUCAUGCUCAUCUGGUUAUGGAUUAAGGGGACCUUCGGAGGCAAUAUGUAUGCCAUCGGGAGAAUGGGCGACACCUUUUCCGACUUGUGUUGAAGUUCAGUGUGAUAAUCCCGGAGCUCCACAAAACGGAUAUGCGCAAGGGCAGGCGCCUUAUCGCGCGGGAGAUGUUGUUCAAUUUAACUGUAAUCCAGAAUACAUGAUGCAAGGUCAACCGAUUAUAGCUUGCCAAGAUAAUGGUCGAUGGUCGGGAGGAUUGCCAAAAUGCGUACAAGCGUGUUCGUAUCCAGGAACAGCAAUCAGUGGACAUAUGUCUUCUGUACAAUUCUAUUACGCAAUUGGUGAAAGUAUAACAUUUACGUGUGAUGCAGGUCUCGAAUUACGUGGACCGAAAAUGGUUAAAUGUCUUAAAAAUGGCAAAUGGUCCGGUGCUAUUCCACAGUGUGUAACAACUGAUUAAAUGCGUUGCGUUAAACAUAUAAAUCCCAUUCACAAUGCUGGUUUUAUUAAUUUUUCUUUCUUGUUCAUGAAUCUUCUUUAACUACAAAACAAAUUUGAUAUCGACAUUGAGACUUUUUUCAGUAUAUCGCUACUAGCAUCGUGAAUGUAUCUACUACUUAGGCCUCUUAUCUCGUAAACUAUUUUGCAAAUUUGGCAGAUUUAGUCUAAAAAGUGGUAGCAGGUCUAUGACUUUUAUAUGGACAAUUUCAUGUCAAGUGACCUAACUCAAAAAAUCGAUUUGCACCAAGGUUAGUCCUAUUGGAUUGUAGGCCAGAGAAAAAUUUUGUAAACAGUGAAGAAAUAUCUAUCUACACUCCUUUGGGCAAUUUUUGCUAGGUCCAAUAGGUGAAAAGAUACUCUCAUUUGAAAAAAACGCUGUAUGACCAAAAUGUCCAACUUUGACCCUGGUCUACUAUCCUACUAUAUUGGUGCAAAUUUCAUCCAAAUUGAUUUUUUGAGUUGGGUCACUUAACACGAAAUUGCCAAUAUAUGGGCAAACAACGUAUAAUCUAUUUUCAUUUUAACACUAUGAAAAAUUUCUGUUGUUUUAACUGUUACUAACUUUUCGAUUUAAUCUCUCAAAAUAGCUAAUUAGUUUACAGUGGCAACAUUCGACAUUAACAAAAGCAAUAUUUUUAUAUUAAAUUUUCGCAAAAAAAAAAUAAAUUAUAAUUAAAUAUUCAAAAAAUCAAAAUUAAAAAUGCGAUCCAUGAAAAUACAAACUGCAGUGAGUACUUGUUCUAGUAUAGCGAAUUAGAGAAUAAUUCUAGAACUAGUUUAUCCAUCAGUGCUCACAUUGGUAAAUCAUGGAAUUAAUUGCAAGAAUUAGCGGAAGGAGGAAUUCGUAUGGUUCCUUUGAUGCCAUAACAGUGACAAGUUUUAUAAAACUUAUACUCGCCGAAAAAAAUUGCUCGCUUAAUGAUUCUUGAAUUUAUUUAGCGGUUAUUAGAUUAGAUUUAAAAUAUUCCCUCCAAAAUAACCUUCGGUGAACACAACAUUUUAGCCAUUUUUUAUUUUAACGUUGAUAUAGUCCAUUACAAAUUAAUAAUGUAAUAAAUUUUUAUUAAAAUAUUCUAUGGAAAAUAAAAUAUAAUUUA